UUCACCGCGUCCUAUACCACCUUCGCACCGCCCUAUCCGCUCCUCAAGCUGUCCUUCCAUUGAAAUGAAUGUGAAGCGGUGUUUCACCGCGCGGCAUCCUGUCUGUGUGUCAUUUUCAUCCGCGAGGUCGUUUUCAAAUUAGGCAAAUUACCAGGAAAACUACAAACAUGGCAACACUUUCACCAACCAAUGACAGAUAACACAUCUACUUCCCAGCAAGCCUUGUCCUAAAAAAAUACACGCGCGGAAAGUUAAGAUUUUUAAAGGAUUUGUCCAGCGCCCGACUCUGUCUUAAGUUGGUGUACAAAACCGAAAGUAAAAGGCGAAAAAAUAACUUACGGGAAAUCCUUCAGUAAGAGACUCAAAUGACCACAAACAGUACACCUAAAUCUGCUUCUAUUCUGAAAGAUGUUGUUGCCUACGUUGACGUGUGGUCAUCAAGUAAAACAGAGAAUUACUCGAAACCGUUCAUCCAGCAGCUGCAGGAUAUGGGAGGUGUGGUGAGUUACCCUUUUGUACAUGGAUAACUAACCCUUUCAUAGAUGCUAACUACAUUAGUGCCUAUUAACUAUAGUGUAUUCUGGUUGGGGGAGUUCUGUUAAGAUCCCAGACUCUUUUUCUGAAUGUUAAAACGCAUCGCUUGCGGUACGUUUUUGGAAACACAAGGAACGUAUCUUUCAUAUUGGCGAGGAGGGGGGGGGGAAGGUUAAAUUACAUCUUAUAGGGUUAGUGUUCCCACAUGGCCAUAUUUCCAUGUUACAGCUCAUGUUUAGACAUAGGUGGCCAGCUGUGCUAAUUAGCUAUCUAGCAUGCUCCUAACACCUGUAUGUAAGCGUAACUAGAGAGGAAGUUUGUCAACUGGAGGGGACACACAGCUUGUGGAUCUGUGCCAAACUGCUACAGUAUCUAAAACCUUCAAUAAACAAGUCACACAUAUAGUCUUUAAAAAUGGCCAUCAAGCAACCUGGAAUAAAGCCAAGAAGACUGGUGUGAGACUUGUGUCUGUCCUCUGGGUGGCCAGAUGUAAAGAUGAUGGUGUACAUGUUGAUGAGGAGUUGUAUCCGGCAUUAAAUGAUGACGUCAAUUCAGCACUCAAGAAAAAGCAUCGUUGUAUGCAGCCAAGAGACACCCCUGAGAAUGACAGGCGCAUGAAGAAAAAACUGGACAAGAUGAUCCAAGACCUAGUACCAAAAUCACCUUUUAUAGCAGAUGUGUCCCCUUACAUUAUCGACGAAGAGAAAGGAAUAGUUUACAGUCCCUCUAUGAAACGGUGUGACUCCAUGGCACAGAGGCUGAAGGAGAUGAGGGAAGCUAGGGAAAAUCUGUCCCCUGCAGCUUCACAGGUGGGACAAUCUAGGUUAUCACCUGAGUUUAAGCCUUCUCUUGGGAAUACACCAUCCCACUCUUUCUUGAAAAACCUGGAAGAAGAAUUUGAUCAGGAUUUUAAUGCAUAUUCUUGCUCAAAUAAAACUGAUGGAGAGGAGCAACAUGAAGCCACCUGUGAACCACAGCACAAGAAAGACUUUCAGAAACCUUGGAUGUCAGCGUGCAGUGAUUUGCCCAGACAAAAUGCAUUGGUUCAAAGUCCUUUGCCCAUUUCACCGGCUAAAGAGAGCAAACAAGACGCAAAUCCUAAGAGGACCUCAAUUAAAUGUAAUGCCAUCAAAAAGCACAUCUCCUUAGAGAGUCCCUGUCUGGAUGACUGCCCGGAGGGUAGCAAGAGUGUGCAAUCAGUGUUUACGUUUAACAGUUUUGUAUCCAGCAGAAGUAAUAUGGCAAAAGUCACACCACCUGUCAGGAAAAGCAGAACACCACAGUCCCUUCCGGAAAGUAAGCCAACUACUAAUCUGGAGAUUUCUAGUCACCGUUCUUCAAAAUCUUUACCCGAAAAACCCAGUGUGCCUCAUCGAACGUCCCUAAAGAUUACCACACCGAAAUCAAAAGUAAGCCAAUGUAGAAAAUCCUCGCUUCCUGCUUUAGAAAGAUCUUGCACUGUCUCAAAUGGCUUCCGUGCCUCCUCCUGUGCAGACGAUGAUGAUGGGGUAUUUGUGGACUUCUUCUCUCCAGCUAACAACCCUAGGAGACAACGAAGCUGCCUUUUACCCAGCUUGCCCUUAGAGUCCAAGGUUCAGAUCCCCUUUGAACUGGAGCCUCAGCCUAGCCCUGGGAAGAGGAAGAGGGGCAAGAGUGAAACCACAGGGUCUGAGUCGGCCAGUGCCAAAAAGAGAACACGUGGGGUGCCCAGUGUAAGAGAAACCAGCAGUGUAAACAGCAUGUUGGAUCAACAUGCGCAUCCACACCAGGAUACAAAGGGAUGUCCAACCUCCGAGGACAAUGAUACAAAACAAACUCUGACUAGAAGAAGUAGGCAUAGCGCAUUGCCAUUCUCUAGAGUGUCUAAAGACUUCACUGAUGAACUGACUAGUGCCCCUGACCAGCAGAGCGCUUCAACAGAUCCCACACACCUUUCAAAACCAAGUUUGGCAGCAGCAAACAAAGCACUAGAUAAGCAAAAAAGUUUGAUUCUCUUAACUCGACACAAGGACAAACAAGUAAAAAGUAGCCGACAUUUCAAAAGUAUGUGAAUUCUAAACCAAAUAUACUAAGUGUUGGGAUGUUACCAUGUCAUCAAUAUAAUCAAUGCAAUGGUAUUCAAGACAUUAGCAUGUUUUACUAAUCAAUAUACAUGGAGAAUGCAAAACAGUAAGAACACCUGCUCUUUGCAUGACAGACUGACGAGGUGAAUCCAGGUGAAAGCUAUGUCACCUGUUAAAUCCACUUCAAUCAGUUUAGAUGAAGGGGAGGAGAUUAGGUUUAAAUCCUUUUUUCAAACAGAGACAAUUGAGACAUGGAUUGUGUAUGUGUGCCAUUCAGCGGGUGAAUUGGCAAGGCAAAAUAUUUAAGUGCCUUUGAACAGGGUAUGAUAGUAGGUAUACCGGUUUGUGCCAAAAACUGCAAC